AUGAUGAAAGACUAUACUGCAAUUUUCUGGCAUUGGCUUCUCCUGCUCCUUACUGCCUCACGAACCGAUCGAUUGACUUCGAAGCGCAUACUCGGAAUUUCAGUCGUGCAAAAAACGGUUGAUGAUCUGGUCGACCAUUUCAUAGAGGUCGACAUCGACGCCAGCACGCAGAAUUCCGCCCAGACUGGAAACCUCGUAGCAAGCGAGAACAUCGAAAAGUACAAGGAAUGGUCAUCAGCCCAAGACUGCGACCCCUUUGACCAUCUGCUCCCACUCGCCGCUAUAGAGGAGCUCAACAAGUUCAUGUGCGAUGAAAUUGUCCGCAUUUCCAAAAUCCCUGUAGCCGACAAAAAGAAGCCGUGGGUGCCGCCUCUUUCGCCUCUACACCAUCAGUGUUUUCCUCUCUGGGCCAAAGAGCAUCCCGCCAACGAUGUCAUUCGCAAACACCUCUCUUCAGUGCACAUACGUGAGGCGAACAUCGAAAGCGGGACGCUGCCACGUGAGGCGAGGGACUACCACUUGUACCACACACACCGAUGCAGAGGUAGUCAGCUGGAACAGACAGCGUGCGGGCCUUCGCCCUGA